UUGGCUGUUUCAUUGGAAAAGCAGAGUUGUGUGGACUUUCUCUAAUGUCUGAAGGAGCCGCCCCAGGUCCCAGGUCCCUCGGGUGGGCCCCGGCUCCGACCUGCAGGGCCCGGCAAUCUCCGGCUGGGCGGGGAGCGGGAAAGGGGCGGCUCGGGUGCGCCCUGCGCUGGUCCUCAGGACCCUCCGCCAGCACCAGGCGGGACUCGGGCAGCACAGGAGUGGGACCUUGUGCAGCCACAGGGCCACGGUGGGGCUGUCCUCCAAGGUGCUGGGAGAAAGGGCCUGGGAAUAUUCUGCGGGACACAGAACUGGGGAUACAGAACUGCGUGGGGUCGCCUGAAGUCUGCCAGGACCAGCGCGGUGCUGCCGGUGUCCCUGUGUGGGGUGGGGCUCACACCGGGCCACCAGGCGGCAGAGCAAGGUGGUGGCCCCACUGGGGCACUCACACUGUGCUGUCCCCUCUCUUCCAGUUCAGCCAGAGUACGGACACCGUGGUACAGGCACAGGGCCAGGGCCCAGGUCAGCUCUACAAUGAGCUCAACCUGGGGCGGAAAGAGGAGUAUGACGUGCUGGAUAAGAGACGCGGCCGGGACCCUGAGAUGGGAGGAAAGCAGAGGAGGAAGAACCCACACGAAGGCGUCUACAACGCGCUGCAGCGGGAGAAGAUGGCUGAGGCCUACAGUGAGAUCGGGAUGAAACCCGAGAACCAGCGCCGCCGAGGCAAGGGGCAUGACGGCCUCUACCAGGGGCUCAGCUCGGCCACCAAGGACACCUACGACGCCCUCCACAUGCAGGCACUGCCGCCUCGCUAGCGGCUGGGCGCACGCUCCCAGGCCAGCCCUGCAGACACGGAGAUUGUGAGGCCCAGGACAAACCGUUUCCGACCUGGCUCGCAGCCCUCACCACUGAAGUCUUCCACUCCCGGAGCAGGACGCUUCGCGCCGUGACCGUUUGGUCCCUUCCACUCCCAGCCCUUCGCUCACAGGACUUUGCCUGGUGCGCCGUGAGGGAGAGCGUCCCUGGGCGGUGGCCGGUCCUCCGGGAGCCCAGGGGUCCUCAGUCUUGUCCGGGGACUGUGGC